CAUGUUAACCGGAAAAAAAUAGAUACUGAAAAGCGGUGAUGGAAGGUAUUUCUACGACUGUGUACAAGGGUUUGAGAGGGCACUGGCGGAGGAGGGGCUAUGUCCAGCUAAACGGUACUUCGAGAGGAGGAUCCCGGCGGAGCAGGGUGGAGCUUGGCGGGUCCUCGCGGCGGAGGCGGUUCUGGAAGAUCAGGGUAAAGGCAAAGCUAAGAUUACAGUCGCCGAAGAAGUUCUUUGUUUGGCUACGCGAUGCUUACGUGAAGAUGAUGCUGGGGAUAGCCAACUCCAGGGCUGUUAGCGGCUUCGGCGGAGCCAUGGGGGGUCAUGGUAUAUCGGCCUUUGGGAAGCGUCCGGUUAAAGAGUAUGAUGAGAAGAUGAUCGUCGAGAUCUACAAAUCGUUGGUGAUGGCGCAAGGUCAGCUGGUACCGAGAGAAGCAGCUGGGAAGCUCAGCUCUGCCAUUGUUUGUCAACGGUGACGGGGUUUUAUCAUU